GCAACACUUUUCAAAAAUUAAUUAUCAAAACAAACUAAUCAAAACAAGCCGCGUUAAAAAUGAAUGAUUUUCCUGGGUGCAUAAAGUUUACAAAUAUAAGCACUAGCUAUGCGUUUGUUUGUAGGAUUUUAGAGAAGCAAUGUGGAAUUCAACAGCAGAGUGCGACCUUCGACUUCCAGUUUGAGGAGCUACUCAAAAUCUUAAAUGCCCAGGAAAAGUUCCUACUCUCUAGGUACUUCAGCCAGAUGCCUACAAACGUUGGAAGUUACCGGGUUCUCCUGCAACUCCAGAAUCUUCAAAUACUCACGGCCUCAGAGUAUAUCCUAAGAAGGGAACAUUCGGACCAACUGUUAGUGGACUUGGUCAUCUUUCUGGAAUCUGAGUUCGACCUUCUGGAGGACCUCUUUAUGACCGCGGCUUAUAAUGCUACUUGUAGAUUAAAAUUGACUGCAAUCCUGGAAAGCGCCUUGGGUCACCUGUACGCCGGCUUAGUAAGCAAUCCCAAAAUAAGCGAAUUGGCAUAUGUGGACUUCUUGCCAAAAUCCUUGCCAGACGAUGCCCUGGCUGUUUGCAUAAAUAUGCAUUUAAAUACCGUACUGCAAUUGCAUCAAGUUGAGGAAAUAAACGAAGCAUUCGCCAAUUUCAGUGCCUGGAUAAAUGAAGGCGUAGAUGAACUUACGUUUGUAAAGCAUCUCUCAGAAAAGCUCUUUGCCAGCCACCAACAAGAUGCUCUGCAAUUCAUCUUUAAGUAUUCCAACCAGGAGAACUUCGUGGAUUGGAAGUUUUACCUUAUUUUGGUGCAAUCCAUAGCUAGUAUUGCCAAAUCGGAAACCCAAGCCUAUAUUAAAAAGUAUCUUAAAGGUCGGGUGUUGCACACCGCAAACACAGGUUGCUUGAAGUCAUUUCUGCAUUUGUUGCUCACUGCCAGAGCUGCUUCAGCAACAACCAUGGACAUCCAGAGCAAUUUAGACAACUAUGCUAAAUGGUACAAGCAAAAUAUUGGUGAAAUGACUUACCUCAUGACCACAGAAAAGUUUCACUUAAUGCUGGGCCUGCUGGAGCAGUCUUUGUUCUAUGAGAAGGAGCUAGCAUAUCUGGAGGUCCAUGCGUCUAUUGCCAUUUCUCCUGGAGGGCGAUUGGUACAGGCUUUCAAAACCAAGUGUCGGUCGCAGGUCUCUUUUCUGAAAUCAGAAGCGAAGCGGCAAUCUGCCAAAUAGUAUAUUUUUAUUGGAAUCCAGAAAAAUCAAGCAUGCAAAAAUUAUUACAAACGCUAAAAAUAAUUUAUAUGUA